AUGAAGAUGAGACCUUUCUCUGUCUCCAAGAGCUCAGUAGGGAGCUCCUCCCUUCUUGGUUACACCAUAAUCUUCAUUUCUCUUCUUGUUCACAAGUUGGACUCAGCACACUUCUCAGUGAUUGGACCCGAUCACCCUGUCACCGCUUCUGUAGGUGAUGAAGUCAUAUUAGCCUGUCGUCUGUCACCCAGCAUGAGUGCUGAGAACAUGGAGGUGCGAUGGUACCGGGCUCAGUUUUCUUCAGUUGUGCACCUGUACCGUGAAGGGAAGGAUCAGUAUACUGAGCAGAUGUUAGAAUAUCGGCAAAGGACAGAGUUUCUGAAAGACGGCCUGGCUGAUGGAAGAGUUGCCUUGAGGAUAGGCAAUAUCAGACUCUCUGAUUCAGGGCUGUACACGUGUUUCUUUCGAUCAGAGUUCUCAUAUCAAGAAGCUGCAUUGGAACUACGGGUAUCAGUUUCAGGUAUUAAUCCCCUGAUCUCUAUUGAGGGUUACCAGGACGGAGGUAUCCGAAUGGUGUGUCGAUCAGGUGGAUGGUUUCCAGAGCCUCAGUCACUGUGGAAGGACCUCAAAGGACAGCCUCUCCCAUCAUUGCCUGCAAAAUACUUCCGUGAUGAAAAUGGCCUGUUUCAGACUGAAUCUGUCCUUAUUGUAAUAAAAACUUCCAACCAGAAUCUGACCUGCACAAUCAGAAACAACAUCCUGAACGAAGAAGAGGUAUCAAGCGUUUAUAUAGCAGAUUCUUUUUUCCCAAAGGUCUCCCACGUGACUGUGAUUCGCCUGUCACUAAACCUGUUGGUUUUGGGGUUUUUCAUUCCUUUGACUAUUUACUAUAUAUGGAAGCAACACAAAGAAAAAGCUUCUCUGCACUCUAAAUUGAAAGUCUUUGAAGAUAAACAACGAUUUCAGGUGGAGAAAGAGAAAGAAAAAUAUCUUUCAGGAUUUGUGCUCAGAGAAGCCCGAAGAUUUGCAGUGGACGUGACUCUGGAUCGAGAAACAGCACAUUCUGAACUCUGGGUGUCAGAGGACCUCAACAGUGUGAAAUGUGCAGACACAACGGGGGAACAACCUAAAGAUCCGAACAUUGUUGAUUCUUAUCGCUGUGUCCUGGGCUCUGAGAGAUUUAACUCUGGGAGACAUUAUUGGGAAGUGGAGCUUAAGAACAAGACUAUGUGGCACUUGGGGGUUUGUGCUGACUCAGAAAACAGGGAGAGGUACAAAAGUAUAGCACCUGAAGGUGGAUACUGGGCCAUAAGGUUGUGGAAUGGAGAAUACAAAGCCCUGUCCACUCCUCGGACAACAAUCACCUUGGAAAUGAAACCCACGAGGGUUGGGAUUUUUCUGGACUAUGAGGCAGGAGAGCUCUCAUUUUACAAUUUGUCUGAUGACUCCCAUAUCUACACUUUCAAAUACAGCUUCUUCGGGACACUCCGGCCUUUCUUCAGUCCAGGUAUACAUGGAUCUAAAGAGGAUGCUCCCCUGACCAUCUGCCCAGUUACAGACUGGUAA